AUGUUCGCGCAAAAGUCAGGGAAAGCAAAGCUAGAUGAUGUGUCCCGAAUACUGUCUGAGCUAAAGACUGGCUUUGACGGCUCGACAUCGUCCACCCAGCAAAACAAGCAGCUUCUUGAACAGCUCAAAGUCUACGGUCGUGCCGUCGAGAACUCAGAACCCAUCUUCACAAAGGACAGCGAAAGCGCCGACGACGAGUUCCUGAUCUCCCGCGUUCUUUUCCUCACCACUUACGACACAACCCUCGACUAUCCACAACUCGUGCGCGAAAACCAUCUGGCAGACAACAUCAACGCCGCCAUAGCCCGCCAUGCAAAGAAAUACUCAAAGUCAUCAUGGAAGCCCUCACAGGAGCAUACACACCCAAUGGAGCUCAUGGCGUUGUCAGAAACCCUCAAACUGCUCUUCAACAUCACCCACUUCCACCCGGACCUCACCGAGCACUUCUCCAACUCCAUACCGAACCUCUUCAAAAUGCUCGUUCGCCGCGGUAUACCCCAGCCCCCACUCACCGCGCCCACUAAUUUCCUUGUCAACGCGCUGCUCAACCUCGACCUUGAAGACAGCAAAGGCCUGCAACAAUCCUCCUUUGGCCAUAACGCCGUAUUCCCCUCCUUCGACCCCAAAUGCAACGCUGAGCACCUUAUCGCCAUCCUCGACACCUCCAUCAUCGCAUACCCCGCCGCCGAGCUCGACGCCACAAUCGCCCCCGUAUUAACUCUCAUCCGACGCAUCUACGAAAUCGCACCGGAAGACGUCAAGAAGCACAUGCAAACCCGCAUCCUCCCGACCCCAGAGGAACGCGACAAACCGCUGGGCAAAUCAAACACCCUGUCCUCGCGCCUGCUUAAUCUGACCACGUCUGCGCUGACGCCGAAUCUGCGCGGCUCGAUAUCAAGCAUGUUGUUCGAACUGUCGAACAAAGACGCGUCUACUUUCGUAAAGAAUGUGGGAUAUGGAUUCGCGUCGGGAUUCUUGAUGUCGAAUAACAUUCCCAUGCCGGAGGAAGAGGUGCAGAAGCAUGCGCAGAUGGAGCAGGGGAUUCCUGUCAAUCCGAUUACGGGGCAGAGGCUGGACAGGGAGGAGCAUGUGGAGAGUGAGCCGAUGACACAGGAGGAGAAGGAGAGGGAGGCUGAGAGGCUGUUUGUGUUGUUUGAACGGCUCAAGGCCACGGGUGUUAUGAAUGUAGAGAAUCCGGUCGAGGCGGCAUAUCGUUCGGGACGGAUCGAGGAGUUGCCAGACGAUGCGGAGGAUUGA